AUGCCAACUAUUCUAGAUCUUCCGAGGGAAACAAUCGAGCUGAUAUACAAACACCUGAUCACGACACCCACCCAAUGGCUGCAUGUGACCUAUCCGAAUGCCCUUGCCAGCAGUACAGCGGCUUGCUUGCGACUGGUUUGUCGACAAUGGGCGGAAUGGCUAUAUGAACAUCAUCUCUACCGCGGAUUGAAAUUCAGUAGCGCUGAUCGAACAGAAGCCUUUGUCAGGCACAUAUACGGUCGGCCACCCUCUCUUCCACGAGCUAGAUGUCAACACUUGGUCAUCGACCGUAUCUGGGCAGUCCAUCCUCCCCCGAACGCAGGACAACAAGACAUGAUGGAUUCGGAGAUUCUCCAAUACUUGAUCGACCUAUUUUCUGACACGAUCAUCACGCUGGAUCUGCAAUUCGUCGACUAUCCCUCGCUUUACCUCGAAGACAUGGCAGCCAUUGGCCGGAUUGAAAAUCUACGUGAUCUUCACAUAGAUAUCUCAAGCACUCCCUCGGGGGACCAACUGUGGCCUUCAACCCACCCGGAAAUCUUUAACGACUUGAUGGUGGCAACUCAAGGCGUAAAUUCACUAGUUUUGGACAUCCAGCUUGCACUGCCCGAAGUACCUGAACCCGGUCUUUGGAAAGACAAGCGAUAUCCAGCAAUCACUCAUCUGGGCCUCAAUAUGAUAGUGCAACAACCAACACACAUGCUACGCCUCGUCAUGGCAUUCAAAUCAAGUCUCAAAGCGCUUUCAAUUAUAGCUAACGGUAGUGGUCCACCUGAAGAAACUUCCGUUUUCUAUGCUGCGCACGGUCUCGAUUACGAUGCAAUAGCCGAUCAGCAAAUUAUCAGUUUGGGUUUGGAACCCUUUCGCCUUCGACGGGUGUAUGAGUACAUGAAAGAGACCUUAGAAGGUCUUAACGUUUCAUCCUCCCACAUUUUAAGUGAUAGUCUUGACCUCAAGUUCACCAAACUACGAGUUUUUGCAGUUGGCUUUUGGGCGAAUUCAAUCACCAAUUACCUUAGCCGGGAUAUCUUCACCCAGGCUCCAAUCGAGGUUCUAGCCAUUGAUGCUCAGUCAGCCUUCGAGGACUGCGAGGCCAAGUUCGUCGGGAAUCCGCUUGCAAAUCUCCCCCAGUUGAAAAAACUCGUUUUCAUGGAAGCUCGCUCGGAUUAUUCGGCACCCCAAAAGUUCCUUGAUGCUUGUGACGCUCUUGGGGUGAAAGUUGUUUACAUCGAUCAUUGUCAACUGCCACUCAUCAUGAAUUUAUGA